AUGGAAGCUGACGGUGGUCUUGAGUCCGCAUGCAGAUGGCACGGUGCUGGCACCUUUGAUGUCAAGGACAAGUCCGGAGGUCCGUUCGGAACAAUCCGCAAGCCGGAGGAGCUGGCGCACGGAGCGAACGCUGGUCUCAAGUGGGCUGUUGACGUCCUUGAGCCCAUCAAGGCCAAGUACAACAUCCUCUCGUACGGCGAUCUCUACCAGCUUGCUGGAGUCGUCGCUGUGGAGAUCACUGGAGGCCCAGAGAUCGACUUCCAUCCCGGACGCAAGGAUGGGGAGAAGGUCCCGCCUGAAGGCCGCCUACCAGAUGCCACGAAGGGCUCCAACCACCUGAGGGACAUCUUCUACAAGAUGGGCCUCAACGACAAGGAGAUCGUCGCACUCUCUGGCGCUCACUCUCUGGGGAGAUGCCACAAGGAGAGGUCAGGGUUUGAGGGCGCGUGGACCACACAACCCCUGAAGUUUGACAACGAGUACUUUGUCAACCUUCUGGGCGACAAUGACAAGGGUCUGCUGGUCCUUCCCAGUGACAAGGCCCUCGUGGAGGACCCCGAGUUCAAGAAGUUUGUCGAACUCUAUGCCAAGGAUGAGGAUGCCUUCUUCGCUGACUAUGCUGCGGCCCACCUAAGGCUAUCUGAGCUCGGGUUCGCCGAUGCUUGA